AUGCCGCUGAAACUCUACGCCGCAGCAAGCGAUUACAAGACCAAGAAGGUCCUGAUUGCUGCGCAGUAUGUCGGCAUGGAGGUCUCCUGCCCAGAGCAGGGCAAGGCUGAGGGGAAGAUCCCUGUGCUCGAGACGGAGAAGGGCUGCAUCUUCACGAGUGGAGCCAUUGCCAGGAUUAGCCGCCCCGUGGGGCUGUACGGGCAGAACCUCUUGGAGGCCGUGAGCUCCGAUGCUCGUAGGUGGGGGCAACUCCUUGCGAUUCUGCGCCUGCGGGAUUGA